AUGACGUGGCUGGAUGCAUGUGCAUACUGUAAACUGGAGGUUUCCCCUGCUGGUCCUGCUCCGGUGAAUGCUAUAUCUGGCAGCAAUGUGACUCUGGCUGUGUCCUUCAGUGGUGCCCAUGACCCAGUGGUUACCUGGUUUAUGAAAGAUUUACCUGUCCUUACAUGGACUAUUAACUCGCCCUCUCCUCCAGACAUAGCCAAAAACUACAGCAAGGUGCUCAGGAUUGCCCCACAUGGAUCCCUUACCUUUGUAAAUGUUUCGCUUGGCUAUACCAGUAACUACACCAUUGAAAUUACAAAGUCUGGACUGGGAAAAGCCUCGACCACUUUCACACUGAAAGUAUUUGAAAACAUCCAGAAUGUGAUUUUGAGUGCACAGACUGAUUUUGCUCAAGAGGGAACUGACCGGUUAACCCUGCAAUAUAGCAUGCUGCAAGGAGUGGUCGAGGAACAGAUGUGGUUCUUCAAUGGCAUAGAGAUAAAUACUAACUCGCAUUACUUGUUGGAGCAACAGAGCCUGGUGAUUCUCAAGCCAAACCGAAGCGACACAGGACAGUACACGGUGUUACUAAAGAACCCCUUCAACAGUGUGACAACUGACAUUAAUGUAACUGUGCUGUAUGGACCAGAUGAGCCGAUACUCGAGGCCUAUCCAGCUCAGCCUUUCUAUAUAUCAGGAGACUAUCUGAGUCUCUCCUGCCAGGCCGAGGGAUUCCCACAGCCGACUGUUGAGUGGGUCUUUGGUGGUCAGACCCUUUCUGGUUCCCACAGAGGAGUCCUAAAUCUCACAUAUGUACAGACCACUCAAGGAGGUGUUUAUACAUGCACACUGCUCAAUGAGCAGACCAAACAGCAACGACGAAAGAACAUGACUUUAAAUGUUUAUGAGAGGCCGUUGGACAAUCCAAUGUGCUCUGUGCAUUCGGUGAAUAAUGUCGAUCUGCAGUACGAGUGUUGGUGGUUGGGGGGAACCCCACAGGCCAAACUUUCUUUCCCAGCACUAAGCAACACCAGCAGUGGAGCGGAGACCUUCAGCCUGACCUUCACCGCCUCAGAUAACCUCAAUGGGAAAACGGUCACUUGCGUGGCAGACCACCCAAUUGAACAGAACAUGUGCAAUAUCACUGCAAGGAGUCCAAUGGAUGUCCUGCCAGCUGUGAGUACAACAGUUGACUCUGAAGGCAAAAUAGUGGUCACUAUCUACUGUGUCAGUGACGCCUCGCCUGUGGCUGUGGUGUCAUGGUCCAAAGACAGCGAGGCUGUCACCAGCGGGACAACAUACCACAUCAGCAGUGACACCACACAGUUCAAGAUUCGUGAUUACAAUAUCAGCAACUUUCUCCUCCAUAACUACACUUGCACUUGCCACAACCCACUGGGCAGCCAUGGAAGGGAAAUUCAGCUAAGAGGACCGUCCAUCUCAAAUUCCAGUUUGUUCCCUAAUCAAAAUGGAACCAUCGCCACAUUGAUGUGGGAGGUCCCGCCUACCUCUGUUGUUACAGGGUUUGACAUCCAAAUGAAAGGACCAGAUCUCCUGAGCAAAGAUGGAUAUGGCACCCAAACUAGAGUCAGCUCUAACAAAUUCCACACCAUCCAGCAGAGACCUGGCUCAGACAGGAGCACAGACAUCUUUGAUCUUGAUCCCAUGUCGACGUAUAUGUUUCGAAUCAUCCCCAAAGCUAGAAUGACUGAAGGAGAGCCAUCUGAGGUCCAAAUAAUUGGUCCAGUGAGCCUAGAUGAAGGGCUGCGUGGCCCUGCCAUUGCAGCUGGAAUCCCCUCCAGCCUUCUCUUGCUGCUCCUGCUGGGCGGCUUCAUCUUCCUCUGUGUCUACUGCAACAAGAACAAAAGGAGACCGCAGACAAGAUAUCCAGUGUGCAGAGCAGUUGAGAAGGCAGUCACAACCCAAAUAGAUACAACUCCUCGUAACCUGCUGUCAGGAGGGCUGGUGUCUGCACCUGAUUACAACAUGUUACAGCAGACUCCCUCUGAGAGAUCAGUGACACUCCCCACCUUUGUCCCCCCACCACCUGUCAGAGUUGCUACAACUGUUUAAAGCAUUUCUUUUUGGAGUUUAAUGUAUAUAUUUAAAUGUAUGCAAUUUUUAUUUAUUUUAUCAUUAUUUAAUCUGUGUGAUACAUUUAUUUCAGUGGAGAUAGAUAUUUUUUUUUUUUUAAAUCACUUCUGUAUAACCUGCAACUGUAACAAUUAAUUAGGCAAACUCGGGCCUCAUGAUCCUGAGUGGAUGAAACAACAAUCUGACAACAAGUUGAAAAAGAACCAGGGUAGAUAUACUGCAGAGUUGAUUAGGGAAUGAAUUGCAGGUGUGUGUGAUGAAUCAGGAGCCAGUAUCAAGAGUAGUACGGGGAAAACGACACUAUGGGGAAAACACAAAACAAUGCUACUUAAAAACUCUGAUUUAUUAUAAAUAAAUACUGUUACACAAUAACAAAGUAUAAGCCAUGCCUGGAAAUGUAUUUAGCUAUAUGGACAUAUACUUUACAAGUUCAGAAUAUUUCUCACACAGCUGUAACCAUGCUGUUCUCAUGUCGUUUGCUCAGUAUAUUAUUAGAAAAUAAUGUGCACUUACACAUAAAAACUUAUUUUUGUUCUUCUUGGUAAUGUAUUUUUAGCUUUAGUUUAUAGUAUUUUAGGGCUGCAAUUAAUCUUUUUUUGAUCAAUUGGAAAAUAAAUGUGGAAUCAAUUACUCUGUAAAAUGUAAAAGACAAAUUAACAGUUCAUGUUACAUAGUCUAAUAACACUCAUGUUAUAAAAUUGAUAAAAACAAGGAAUUCGUUGUACUUGUCAACCAUGUCCCUAGUAUUUAUACUUGAUCAGUGACUAAAAUAGUUUCAUUAUUAUUAUUAUUAUUAUUAUAACAAGAAGAAGAAGAAGAAAAAGAAAUUGUUGUCUGCCAAUUGAAUAAUUGUUUCAUCACAGAGGUGUCCAUAUUUGUUGUAUGUUGCAUGUUUUUAAAUUGUAGUUUUACCAUCUUUCAUUUGACACAAUCUGUUAAAUCCCAACAUACCUACAGGAAUACCUACACCUACAUGCGCUUUUGAAGCAGGUAUGUUCCAAUAAAGAAAUUCAUUAAUACAUGC